AUGCCGGAAGGUGGUGGUUGUGACCGGGGGUGGGCGCGGCAUCGGAGCUGGGAUCGUGCGCGCCUCGGCUGCAAAACCAGUGGUUUGGGAAUGGCCCUGUCAGUCGUGGAGUUUGGAACCUACGCGAACGGGGGAUCAGGAGCUCAGCAGAAACCUGGGCAGGCAAGGAGAUGGACAAAAGGGGCCCAAGUGUUAUCUGGUGACAAGGAUGAGUCUGGGGGCCGGGCCCUGGAGCAGGAGCUCCCUGGAACUGUCUUUAUCCUCUGUGAUGUGACUCAGGAAGAUGAUGUGAAGACCCUGGUUUCUGAGACCAUUCGCAGAUUUGGCCGCCUGGAUUGUGUUGUCAACAACGCUGGCCACCACCCACCCCCACAGAGGCCUGAGGAGACCUCUGCCCAGGGAUUCCGCCAGCUGCUGGAGCUGAACCUGCUGGGGACGUACACGUUGACCAAGCUCGCCCUCCCCCACCUGCGGAAGAGCCAAGGGAAUGUCAUCAACAUCUCCAGCCUAGUGGGGGCAAUUGGCCAGGCCCAGGCAGUUCCCUAUGUGGCCACCAAGGGGGCAGUAACAGCCAUGACCAAAGCCUUGGCCCUGGAUGAAAGUCCAUAUGGUGUCCGAGUCAACUGUAUCUCCCCAGGAAACAUCUGGACUCCACUGUGGGAGGAGCUGGCAGCCUCAACACCAGACCCUCGGGCCACAAUCCUAGAGGGCAUGCUGGCCCAGCCACUGGGCCGCAUGGGCCAGCCCGCUGAGGUCGGGGCUGCGGCAGUGUUCCUGGCCUCCGAAGCCAACUUCUGCACGGGCAUCGAACUGCUCGUGACGGGGGGUGCAGAGCUGGGGUACGGGCGCAAGGCCAGUCGGAGCACCCCCGUGGACGCCCCCGAUAUUCCCUUCUGAUUUCUCUCAUUUCUACUUGGGGCCCCCUUCCUAGGACUCUCCCACCCCAAACUCCAACCUGUAUCAGAUGCAGCCCCCAAGCCCUUAGUCUCUAAGCCCACUUAGGAAGGUACCAGGUCACCUGCAGGUUCCCAUAAAAGCAAUUUGCAGCCAGAAG